CUUCCUCCCACUCCGGGUCUCUCUGUUCCUCCUCCCACUGUCUCCCACCUUCACUGUUUGCCUCAUCUUUCUCUCCUCUCUCACUUCAGUUCUGUCAAGUGUCCUGUGAAGUCCAGUAUAGUUCUUGCUUUUUUGUCACAAGAUGUCCUGGACCCGAGUCUUCGUGCUCUCCUUGCUCCCUGCCCUCCUCCUCCUCCACCUCUUUUCUGGUGCGGUGGAAAGUAAAGCAGUCAAGGACCACUCAAAACCACGCAAUCACAAAGGUGCAGCACGGCAGGUGUUCCUGCCCGAGUCGGACGCAUCCAGCUUCAUCAAACGCCGCAGUCGCCGCUCAACCCGAUACUACGAAAUCCAAGUCGAGCAGAGGGUAAAGAUUGCAGCAAGUGAGCAGAGAAGGGAGUACAACGAGGAGCAAAGGGAUGAGUACGAGCACUACGUGAAGGAGGAGCGUGAUGAGCAAAAUGAGAGAUCGAGGGAGACCAAUGAGCAGUAUCGAGAGUAUCACUACGACGGCUUAUCUCCUCAGUACUACUGGUUCCACUGAGAGCGCUCAUACUGCCUUCACCUGUACCACAGUGUACUCCCGUCCUUUGUACCAGAGUAUACUGCUAAUACUGUCUUCACCUGUACCAUAGUAUACUGCUGUGGCCUGUAACAGAGUAUACUGCUAAUACUGUCAUCGCCUGUACCUCAGUAUACUACUAAUAUUGCCAUCAACUGUACCAGAGUAUACUGCUAGUAUUGCCUGUACCGCAAUCACAUUUCCAAGUGUACACUGUUAACACUGCCAUAAUCUGUACCAAAUUAUACUGUAGUAUUUAGUAGUAUCUUAUUUUUAACCUAAAUUGUUCAAUAUGUAUCUCGAUGAAAACUGUUCCAUCUAUUUAAGUACAGUUUUUGUAUUAAAGGCCACACUUUAUCUAUUAAA